UUUUGGGUACCCCCCAAGAUUACACAUUUUCUCUAAUUCUGGUAUGUUGCUUCAUCGUAUGAACCAUUAAGUCUAUUUGAAUUAUUAGUAACGGAUUAAGGAAAGAAACAAGUAAUUGUGUUAGGCAAGGAAGAAAUAAUUUAUCAAGCACUGAAUUGCUGCCUUCUUUUACUGCAACACAAAACAAAAAUUCUGAAUGAUAUUGAUAAUUAUGGAUGAACGAUGUUAAUAAUUUAUGUCUCUUUUCAGAUUAAACAAUUUUCCGGAUUUAUUCAUAAUUUCGAAGAAUAUGCUGGUAUUCAAAGAAUAAGGAAAAGAAUGGACCAGUAUAGGAAAUCUCUUUUUCAUUGUAGGUAACAUAUACUUCAUUCAUUGCAUGGUUCAACGUAUUUUUGAACACAUGUAACUGGGAAAAUUCUUGUGUGAUUUAAAAAAAGGAGGAGAAUUGACACCUUCGAAUGACAUUAGAAAUAUUUCAAUAUAAGCACCAUUGUCGAAGAAUUAGAAGAUUUUCGUAAAAGUGAGCAUAAAAAAGUUUAAAAACAUCUCUCAUCGUGACAGGCAUCUCUCAAUUAGCCGUCAAGUGUAUUUUAGUACUAGAACUAUCAACAAGUAAUGUACGACUGAAUGUGCUAUAUAAUACAUAAUUGUAAGAGAAGCGACAAAAUGAUGGUAUAAAUAAGUACUUAGAGGGAAGUUGGUGCAACUGUAUCUUAUUUUUCGAAGAAUGGUGAGAAAAAUGACGGAUCGCAAAGUGUUGUUUGCAUGUUUGGUGUUAAUUACUCUCCUGCAUCCAUUAGUUCACAUGGUGUCUGGCGAAGAAUGUACAACACCGAACAAUCAAACAGGCAACUGUCUCAACAUUAAAACAUGUAACCCUCUGCAAGAAAUACUGCAGACACAGGGUCAUACAGCUACCGAUUUUUUGAGGCAAUCACUAUGCAGAUAUGAGGGUCAUGCUCCGAUCGUUUGUUGUCCAAACGAUCCAAACAAGGAGAAGAGAGGGAUUUUAAUAGAAACUGUGUAUAAGUACGUGCCCUUGCGUCCACCAUAUUGUGGUUUCAGCAACGGCGAGCAUACCAGGGUGGUUGAUGGUAAACCAGCUAAGUUUGCUGCUUGGCCGUGGAUCGCUGCAUUAGGUUUUCAUAAUCCCCAAAACCCAGAUACUGAACCAGAAUGGAAGUGCGGAGGUUCCCUGAUAUCGGCUAGGCAUGUUUUGACCGCAGCACAUUGUGCAAUACGCAGUGAUUUGUACGUGGUUCGUAUCGGAGACUUAAAUCUAAAACGAGAUGACGACGGAGCGCAUCCUAUUCAAAUGGGAUUCGAAUCUAAACUAAUACAUCCUGAUUAUACUCCCAAUAUACACAAUCAUGAUAUUGCCAUUCUUAGAUUGGUGGAGGAGGUGCCAUUUUCGAAGUACAUACAUCCCAUUUGUCUCCCCAUAGAGGAGUCCCUACGAAAUAACGACUUCGUGGGCUAUAACCCCCUUGUUGCUGGAUGGGGAGCAUUAAGAUAUAGAGGACCACGAAGUGAUGUAUUAAUGGAAGUACAAGUACCAGUGGUUAGCAACGCCGAAUGCAAGACAGCUUAUUCCAAAUUUCCUAAUGCACCUAUCACUGAUGGUGUAAUAUGCGCCGGGUAUGCUCAGGGUGGAAAGGAUGCUUGUACGGGUGAUAGCGGCGGACCACUGAUGAUACGACAGCAAUUAACCUUCUACCUAAUAGGUGCUGUGUCUUAUGGUCAUGCGUGUGCUGUAGCUGGAUAUCCUGGUGUUUACACUAGGAUCACGUCGUACCUCGACAACUUCAUUCUCCCAGCCUUGCAAUAAUACGAUUAUUAUUGUUCCAUAAAUAUCAUUUUUCGUGUACGAAAGGUAAAGUUGGCUUUUCUUAUUGUGAAGAUAAGAGGCAGCUCAAAUUUAUAUUGUUUUUUACGUCAAGAAUUAUAGUCUUAAAAUGCAUGAAAUGUAACUUUGAAACUACACUAAUUUUUUACCUACGUUAUACUUGCACCACUUAGAUACGUAAAGAUGAUAAACGAUCAUUAACUAAAUUUCCAUUAAUCAUAUUUAUACUAAUUUUGAUAAUAAUAAACCAACUCUCUGAAGGUUUCUAUAAA